AUGGCUACAUCUGCUCGUAAAGAUCUCUAUGUCUUCAUACGUACUCAACGUAAUGUCGUACAUAGUACCAUUUCGAAACUCGAAACGAAACUUGACGCAAUCACGAAAAUAUAUGCAGAAACUUUAAGUAGCCUCGGUAAGAGUAGCGAGGGAAGUUCGCAAUUCGAAACGUACUGGCAGGAAAAAGAGGGUGAUGAGACACUAGAAGGGGUAAGGGAACUAAUCCAAAGUCUGGAAAUGCGACUCAACGAAUUAUCCCUUCAAGAAAUGCAAAUCUCGUACUCGGAAGAAUUCGAUAAUCUGGAACGUCAACCGCAAGACAUCCCACCACACUGGUAUCGCAAAGAAUUGCGCAUACCAGAAUUCUUCGGUGAUCUUACGCAAUUCGAACAGUUCUGGGAAAUAUUCUCCGAGCUCGUACAUAAGCAGCCGUACAGUGAAAUCGAAAAGCUUACAAUUCUACUUGACAAAUGUAAGGGUGAAGCCGCAAGAGCCCUCAAAUACAUUCCUCGUAAAGGGUCGUCGUAUCAGGAUGCCGUGAAACAACUUCAUGAUCAGUUCCAUAACGAAGAACUGAACGUGAAGUUGCUUUUAGAGCAACUGGACAAGAUACCGCAAUCUUCGGAGAAAGCUUCGCAGCUACGAGCAACUGCUAAUGACAUUAUGGCUGUCAUUGCUCCUCUUUCCCUUUUCGAAGGGCACUGGAAUAUAAAACGAAGGUGCGAAGAAAGUUUCCUGCUAGCAUUCAACGCAAGCUUCUCUCGAAAGAAUACGACAACAACAGUGUAUGGUCUAUGGACACACUGA